ACUGAUACGGACGUACCUGAAAACUCAACAUCUACUCCAGAUAUUUAACGGAUUCGGUGCCUUUCUGAAGACACCCAAGGCAGUUGCAGUAGUUUAUCCAUCCCAUCAGAGGGCGCUGUGGUUCAUCUUGCAGUUAGUAUGAUCCGUUUUUUGGGAUGUUUUUCAGAACAUUGACUGGGAAUGGCUGAAAAAUGCUUUUAUUUUUCACUAGCUCGAAGCGAUAGUUCUCAUUGUUUCCCCACAUUUUUUUGAUUUGUUUUUAUUUUUAAUACAUUCAUGAUCAUCAUAUUUCUAGAAAGAUUACAGUUGUCCAAAUGCAAAAGUAUUUUUGAAUAUAGAAGAGGGGGGUUUUUUUACCUGUUGGAAGCUAACUGGCAAUUUUAGGUGGUUUUCAAAGCAAUAAUAUUCAAAUAUUUAUUCUAUUGAAGAUCUCCAUUUUGGAGAUUACCAGUGUGAAGUAUUUGAGUCAGAGCUCUUCUGACAGAAGUGGGCCCUUUAAUACCCUAAAGAUAAAAGUUGGUGGGAAUAGAAGAUGAAAUUAAAAAAGAAAAAUUUUAUCCUACUGAAUGCUUGCUCAGAAUGAGAUGAUUAACGAUGAACUGCCAUUUUAAUGUAAGUUAAAUCUUUAAAAGUUAAAAGAACUGCUGGACCAUAGCUGAGUCUUGCAUCCAACUCUUCAGGCUUCUGUGUGGUUUGCAUCUGUCGCUGAAUGUAUGUCAUUAAUCUUUUCCGCUGAAGCUCAUACACAAAUGUCUGACAUCACAGUGAAUUAAAUGACAUUUAUCAUCAUUUUUGAACUAAAGGUCGUGUUGCCAGUAAUGCCUGUUUGGCCGUAGGCAUGGGGACAUUAAGUAAAUAAACAGUUCUGCUGUCCAGUUUUGUUCCAGAAAAUGUGCUCCUGAAAAAUCUCUGGUGUCAGACAGGUGCCAAAAGACUGACCAUAACGUCAAUAAAUACAUUUUUAGUAAAUAAAUACAUUUUAAACAUAGUCAACACUUAAGGAAACACAUGGUUUAUUCAUGUGAGGGAUAUAGCGGGCUAACCCUAGCCUCCGCAACCGUCGAGAUUAUAAACCUGGCCUGGGUUUGGAGCAGGCAAGCCUGGGAAGAGCAAUGGAAAAGAAAAUUAAGGAUGACAGCAUAAUCUAUCAUGAAGUCGUCCAAUAACUGAACUCUUUAAAGUCUUUUCAAGACCAACCUUCAGAAAGUAGACUAUCUGAACUUGAUGAACUACCCCAACCGCCCUAAGUGUUCUGUCUCUACAAAUGUUGGAUAAAAGUGUGAACACAUUUAAGAUGAUUUAUACAAGUGUUCGAUGAAAGUGAACACGUUUAAGAUUUAUAAGCGUUAGUAGCCUGUUUAUUGUGAAGAAGAAGCAUGUAUUUCAGUUGUGUGGAAUUAGCGACCUACAAAUAUUAUUCUGUCGGCCUAUUAACAUAACGGUAUCCGAAAACUAGCGCGAUGUUGAUGUCCUGCGCGACUCCCGACGAUCCAGAAGUGAAUGACCGCAACCAUCCUGUGCGAGGUCGGUUCUUGACUAAUGUCUGCGAGGGAGGAGUCGAAGGGACGCGUGUUCGGCGAUUAUUCGCCACACACGCAAGUCGAGCAGGCAGAGGACAUGUUUACAUCAUAGCCCGCUGCGAGUGUAGUCGCUAAGGCGCUCGUCUUCUCUACGACACAGGGAUCCAGAAGAAAGAUGAGAAGCUUCGGGUUCUGACGACACACGAGCAGCUGAAGGGUCCGCAGAGCAGAUUCCUCCACAGCACUGCGGCCGUCGUUUUAGAGGGAGAGCAUCGCUGGGAGAAUGGGCCGAAAGAAGAUCCAGAUCGCUCGCAUCGUGGAGGAGAGGAACAGACAGGUCACCUUCACGAAGAGGAAGUUCGGCCUGAUGAAGAAGGCCUACGAACUGAGUGUGCUGUGCGACUGCGAGAUCGCCCUCAUCAUCUUCAACAGCUCCAACAAGCUGUUCCAGUACGCCAGCACAGACAUGGACAAGGUCCUGCUGAAGUACACGGAAUACAGCGAGCCGCACGAGAGCAGGACCAAUGGCGACAUCAUGGAGGCCCUGCACAAGAAAGAGCAGAGAGGCUGUGAGAGCCCAGAAGCAGAUGCCUCCUCAUACAUCCUUACGCCCCACACAGAAGAGAAAUACCAGAAGAUCAACGAAGAGUUUGACAACAUGAUGCGCAAUCAUAAACUUGCAAACUGUGCGGAUGUCCUAGCCCAGCAUAGCUUUAGUGUAUCCGCGUCUGUGCCCGUUAAUGAGCCCUAUGCCAGGGGUAGCUUGGCACACACCCAGACCCUACCCUCACCUACAAGCAAUCUGGACGAAGCGACCAUGCUGUCCCCGAUCCCCAGUGCAGUGCAGCCAGCCCCCACCACUGGACUGGCAGGUUGUACACAGGGUCCAUCAGAUCCCACACUGAAUGGCGUACACUCUGGUUCAAUUGUGAACGGCCUCGCCGGAACCCAGAGAGAAAACAGCACGGGAGGAGGCCUACCAGCCAAAUCUCCUGCGCCCCCUACAGGGAGCCUGGCGCUAGUGGGCCACAAGCCAGAGCUACGGCUGCUGCUUCCACCUGCUUGUAAGAGCAACGCGCAGACCCUGCAGUCAGAGGAGGGAGAGGGGGAUUCGAGGAUCAACAGCCCACAGUCCAACCAAUCACUGACCACACCGGUGGUGUCCAUGGCAAGUCCCAGUUUGCCACAACAGGGCAUGCCAUAUACUGCUAUGACCUCUGCUUAUGACUCAGAUUAUUCCCUCAGCAGCUCAGAGCUCAGUAAUCUACAUGGAUUUAAUUUGCCAGAAAGCCUCACUUUGGCUUCAGGGCCAUCAUGGCAACACAUUCAGUUGGUCCAAUCAGCACCGACUUCUCAGGGAGCCUCUCGUCACGCAGUCCAAGUCUCCAAGCGCUCGUCCUCCCCCUCACCGGUCAUCAACAUCAAGGCCGAGCCCGCCUCCCCACCCGGAGAGCCACACACACCCUUGGCUUUCCUUGCCCUGCUCCCACCUUCCUCCAGACAGGAGGCGGGGCGCUCUCCAGCUGAAAGCCUCAGCUCCUCAUGCAGCUCCUAUGAGGGGAGCGACCGGGAGGAGCAGCGGAGAGACCUCAACCCCCCCAUGCCUGUCCCGGGCCAGGCGAGACCCCUAACAGGUCUGGAGACUAGUGGUGGCCCCUCUCUCAAACGGCUGCGCAUGGACACCUGGGUGACCUAGCGCCCCCUGCAAAACUGCAGGCUCAGAGGAAAUAUCCAAGAAGCUGGCAGUUUUGUCACUUUUUAUUGCAGUUAAUAGUAAUGCAAUUAUUCCUUCUUCUGUGCAGCAAGAACGUUUGGGACAAGAAACAAGAAGUGCAUCUCCCAAAGGGAGUGUAAACACUGGAGAGUCAGAUUUUGAUACUCCUGAAAGAAAACCUAGUAUAAAGAUUGCUCUUACAGGUGUGGAGCGGUAUGACUGAUGGUUGGUUGUGUGCAGUGUUCCAGUUGUAUCUCUCUGUCAGCUGAAAAAUGUCAUUUAUGAUGUACCUGAAUUGUUUUAAUCAGGAACUGAAGUAUGAGUUUUAUUAUUGCAUUUGCAGUACAACAGAAGCCAAAAGUGUUGGAUGUUUAUAUUUGUUUCUUUGGUUUUCUUUUUGGAUCGUGAACGCAAGCCAUUCUCUUUAUUUUUCACUCCUUAUGCUAAAUGGGCAUAAACUAUUUGCAUUUUUUUCCCAUGUUCAGUGCUUUGGCUCUAUAACCUUUUUAUUGUCCUUGCAGUUUUAUAAUGACCAAGCUCGGAGAUGCCUAUUCUGUGUGAUGUGAACUGUACCAGGGGCAGCCUAUUCAACUCAACUUCUGAUCAACACUCAGUUUUAGCCUUUCAGAGGCGUUAAAUGGGUGUUUUAGAGAUGCCCAGUUUCUUCAUAAGUCCUUGACAAAUAAAAAUGUGUGUUUGGUGGGUGGGGGGUUGUUUUUUUUACCUGUCUUCUUUGUAACCUUCUUUUAAAAGCCUAUACAGUGGACAUUUAAUAAUCUCUAUUUAUUAAACCAGAAAUAUUGUGUUUGAAA